AUGGAAGGCAUAAACUUUUAUAAUAACAAAUUGAAUUUGAACGAAAUCGUUAACGGUGUAGAAUACAAGAAUUCAGAUGAAUCAUUAAUGAUUUGCGAUUUAACGGAACUGUUGAAAAAAUAUGAUCAGUGGAUUCAAUAUAUGCCAAGAGUGACACCAUUCUAUGCUGUUAAGUGUAAUGAUAACAUAAUGGUAUUGAAAUUUUUAAGUUCACUUGGUGUCAGUUUUGAUUGUGCAUCAAAAGCUGAAAUCGAAAAGAUUUUAAGUAUUGAUGUUGAACCAGAACGAAUAAUUUAUGCUCAUCCAACUAAAUUAAUAGGACAUUUGGAAUAUGCUAAAGCAAAUAAUGUAAAAAUGAUGACUUUUGACACAGAUUUAGAAUUAUUUAAAAUUAAAGAGAAUUAUCCUGAUGCUGAGCUUGUAUUAAGAAUUUGUUGUGAAGCAAAAUUAGCAUUAAGUCCAUUAGGUGGAAAAUUUGGAUGUGAACCAAUUACUGUGGCACCUAAACUUUUAGAACUUGCAAAAAAAUUAAAUUUGAACAUUGUUGGUAUAUCAUUUCAUGUCGGUUCAAAUUGUUUGGAUCAUGAUGCAUAUGAUGAAGCAAUUAGUAAAGCACGUGAUGUAUUUAAUAUUGGUAAAGAGCUUGGUUUCAAAAAUUUGAAUUUGCUCGAUAUUGGAGGUGGUUUUCCUGGUUCUGAUGAUUCCGCAUUCCAAAAAAUGUGUGGAAUAAUAAAUAAAUCUUUGGAUGAAUAUUUUCCUGGCGACGAUGUUCGUUUCAUUGCUGAGCCAGGACGUUAUUUUGUGACAUCAGCAUUCAAACUAAUAUGCAAAAUUCAUUCGAAACUGGAUUCAACAGAAACUGAAUCACAAAUACCAGAGACAGUUCCAAAUGAAGAAUUAUAUAAAAGUUGCAUAUGGGGACCAACAUGUGAUGCUCUAGAUAUUAUUUGGGAUGAUAUGAAUUUACCUAAUUUGUCAAUAAAUGAUGCUUUCGUUUUCGAUGAGAUGGGCGCUUAUUCAACAACACUUUCAUCUGGAUUUAAUGGUUUUCCACAACCAAAAACCCUUUACUAUUAUGAUCGUCAAUAUACCACCAAAGAUUCAAAGUAUGCAAAUAACAUUAUCGUUAAUAUAGACGAGGGAAUAUGCAGUCAUAGUAGCUGUAGCGAUAGUAAUGAUAGCAAUGACGAUGAUGAUAAUGAAAUUGAUUCAAUUUCUUCAGAUGAUGGAGCUGAUUACGCAAAUGCCAAAUUAUCACCAGAUUAUGCACAAGAUCAGAAAAGCUUUGAUUUGUGCCGAAUUUGCAUAAUUUGCCAAAAGAUGAAUUCAAAGGUUGCCUUACGAAUCUCUUCAACAUUUUGA